AUUAAUCAAGUCAACCCCUAUACCAAUAUUCAAAAGGUUGAUUUCAUUUUUGAAUGGCAACCUUGUCUAGUUUUGUUCCUAAUAUAGUCUUUGUUCUUGUUUUAAUUUUAGUACUAGGCAUUAUUGUCCCUAGAGUUGAAGCUAGGCCAAGAGCAUUCUUUGUAUUUGGAGAUUCUCUUGUUGACAAUGGAAAUAACAACUAUUUGCAUACAAAUGCACGUGCUGAUUCCCCUCCUUAUGGAAUUGAUUAUCCAACUCAUAGACCAACUGGUCGUUUCUCUAAUGGUUUCAACAUUGCUGAUCUUAUCAGUCAGAGAAUUGGUGCUAAGUCUACAUUACCAUAUUUGAGUCCACAAUUAAAAGGAUACAAUCUUCUAAUUGGUGCCAAUUUUGCUUCAGCUGGAAUUGGAAUUCUUAAUGAUACUGGAGCUCAGUUUAUGAAUGUGACAAGAAUGCAUACACAACUAGAUUACUUCAAAGCGUAUCAACGGCGAAUGACGGCUCUAAUCGGCGCGACGCGGACUAAAAGACUUGUAAAUCAAGCAUUGUUUCUGAUGACAGUUGGAGGCAAUGAUUUUGUAAACAAUUAUUACCUUGUUCCUUCAUCUGCAAGGUCUCGCCAAUAUUCAUUACCACAGUAUGUCAAGUUGCUUAUCUGUGAGUAUAGAAAGCACUUGCAGAGGCUAUAUAAUCUCGGUGCUCGGCGAGUUCUUGUGACAGGGUCAGGACCAUUGGGUUGCGCCCCUGCAGAACUCGCUGGACAUGGUAGAAAUGGACAUUGUUCUCCUAAACUACAACUUGGUGCAGCAUUGUACAAUCCUCAACUAGUAAAAAUGUUGCAAGGACUCAAUAGGAAACUUGGCAGGGACAUUUUCAUUGCUGCAAAUACAGCACAAAUGCACAAAGACUUUGUUACUCAUCCAAGAGCUUAUGGAUUUGUUACAUCAAAAGUAGCUUGUUGUGGGCAAGGACCCUACAAUGGUGUUGGAGUGUGCAGAACAUUCUCCAACUUAUGCCCAAAUAGAAACUUGUAUGCAUUUUGGGAUCAAUUUCAUCCAUCUGAAAAGGCAAAUAGAAUAAUUGUGCAUCGAAUUAUGUCAGGUUCAACAAGAUACAUGAAGCCAAUGAACCUAAGCACCAUUCUUGCCUUGGAUGCUACCACAUGAAUUAAAAGUGGGGCGACCACAAUUUCAUUAAUAGACAAAUGUUAAUGAUUAAUUGUUAAAGAAGAAAAAUUUGUUAAUAAUAGAGAUGAAAUUUUGCACUAUAUUUUCGGUGUCUCAACUAAUACCGGUCAAUGGUCUAUUAAUUGUAAUUGAAUUUGUUAGUAAUUUUGUGCGGGAUAAAAAUGUUUUUAUAUACUUUUCAAA